ACAACUGCGCCAGAUACACGAGGUGCGCUACUUCGUGUUCGCACAGACUCAUGAGCAUUCACAAUAAUGUCAGACAAGGUUGAUAAUCUGCGUUGCUUUUCUCAACCGCUUAUUUAUUUAAAUGAAACAAACAGCGUGACACCAGUAUCACUGCCAACUCUCAGUUUAUUAAACGACAAUUCCCGAAACAGUGUUAAUUUCGAUAAAGUUCAUCUUUCUCUUAGCGUACUAAGAUUGGACCCUGCAGACCGCGCAGUAAUAAAAAUCGCAGAUGAACGUGAUGCAAUACAAAAGAAAGCCUUCACCAAUUGGGUUAAUCAACAUUUGGUUAAGCGUAAUUGUUGGGUUCAAGAUUUAUUUUUGGAUUUACGUAAUGGUUACUUACUAGUACGUUUAUUGGAGUGUUUAACGAAUGAAGUAUUGGGGCUUGAAUACAUUGAAAGUCGUGUCCAUUGGAUACAAAAUAUUCAACGUGUAUUAGAUUUUCUUCGAUAUCGUGGGAUUCGCAUAGUGAAUAUUCGUGCAGAUGAAAUCGUCGAUGGUAAUCCCAAGUUAACAUUAGGCCUUAUUUGGAUUAUAAUUUUACAUUUUCAAUUGGCCGAAUUGAUUGAAAAUCAGACAAAAUUACAAUCGGAUAUUCGUGUUAAUUUAUCCAUGGAUAAUGCGGCUAAACAAACAUUACUUAGUUGGUGUCGAGCAGUCACAGCAAAUUAUCCAGGUGUAUAUAUAAAAGAUUUCACUGAAUCGUGGAAAGAUGGUCGUGCAUUCCUUGCUUUGAUUCAUCGUUAUAGACCAGAUUUAAUUGAUUUUCGUCAAGUUGAUCGUCAAUCUGCCCGUGAAAAUCUUGAUUUAACAUUUGAAUUAGCUGAACGUGAACUUGAAGUUACUCGUUUAUUUGAUUCAGACGAUAUUGCAAAAACAACUGAUGAACGGUCGAUUAUAACUUAUGUAGCCUCAAUUUAUGAUAAACUAGUAUGUAAUUCAUCAAAACAUUCAUUAUAUCCAGUACCAAUUGUACCACCUAUGCCUUCUUUAUAUCAUCAUGAUCAAAAUUCUACUAGUAGACCAAUUGAUUCAACUUUUCAACUUCUUAGUGCUUCUAAUCAACUUCCAGAAGAAUUAAAAACACUUUGGUCAGAUUAUCGUAUUUUAGGUAGUGAUCUAAUACAAUGGCUACGAUCAACUACUGAUCGUAUGGCUAAUCGUCAUUUUCCAUCAGAUUUAAAAUCAAUGCAAGAACGUGUUAUGGAUGAAAUACGACGACAUAGACGUGAUGAACGACCAAGAAGAGAAAGAGAACGUCAACAAUUAGUUCGUAUGUAUGAAGAAUUAAAGCCAUCUAUUGAACGUGGUUUACUACCAAUUGAUUUAUUCCUUCGAAUCGAACAAAUUCACCGAUUAUGGGAUGAAUAUGAUAUUGCUUUACAAGAACGUGAAUUGGCUGCAAGAAAUGAAACUCAUCGUUUAGAUCGUUUACAAUGGGCCGGUAAUCGAGCUUUACGUGAUUGCAUUCAAGUCCAAGCACAAUUGACUGCCUUAGAACGGCGAGUUGUUGAGUUAAAAUCUGAAGUACCUGGUCAGCAUGUAUUCGAUACUAAUAAUGAAAUAAGACGUUGGUGUGAUCAACUUACGCAAAUUGAAGCUAAAAUCAAUGGAUUAUUCAAUCAAGUACAGCAUUUACGCACUGGACGAUAUAUGCAAACAGAACAAAUUUAUAGAAAUGUUUGUACGUUACACCAGAAAUUCUUAGAUCUUCAACGUUUAUAUCGAGAAUUUACAUCUUCUUCAAUGGUAUUAUCACCACCCAGUGUCGUCUCUAGUUCUGUUUGUUCAACAUCUAUGACUAUGUCGAAUCACUCUACAUUCACAUCUAUUAAAAAUGGUACUAUUUUGGAAAAUGGUCACCUUAUUCAAGGUCAAUUAAUUAGUCCAAUCGAACAAUGCUUACAAUGGAUUAUGGAACAUUCUCACACUGUACAAACUGCAUCCUAUGGAGCAAAUCGAAAAUCCGUAGAAGAAGCUACUAGGCGUCAUGAACAAUUUCAUCGAGAAGUGUUGAACUUUAAGAACGAAAUCGAUCGAUGCAAAGCUAAUCAACAAAAGCUUCCGACACGAUCAAAAGAAGAGAAACAAGUUCUUAAUGAAUCACUUCAAAUACUUGAACAAAAUUAUCAACAAUUAAUGGAAGCUUCAUUAAAACGUCGAAAUAUGUCCAAGUCAUUAUUGGAAUUUACAGAACGUGCCCAUAAUGAAUUAAUUUGGCUAAGGGAACAUGAAUCAUUCGAGGUGACUCGAGAUUGGACUGAAAUUUAUCAUAAUGAACUAGAUCGUAUUCGAAUUGAUUUUCAAAAACUUAUGCAUGAGAUACACGAAAAAGAAAUUGUCUACAGUGAACUCAGUGUAUUAGGCUCAUCUAUCCAAUUGGAAAAUUAUGAUGUAACUGAUCUUGUACAGACUUAUCUAAAUGCUUUGGAACGUCAUUGGGCUUGGUUAUUACAAUUAACCUAUUGUUUUGAAGCACAUAUUGAACAGAGUGCACGAUUUCAAAGUUUUUUCAAUGAUGUUGAACAAUGUGAAUUAUUACUAACUACAUCAUUAGAAGAAUUACGUUCUCUUUAUGAAUCAACGUUAAAUGCAACAACAACUGAACAAGGUGAAACUCUUCUCAAACAAUUACAAGAACUUCAUACUCGUGUAAUUGGUCAAGAGUCAUUCAUAUUUCAAUUAGUAGACAUAAGUCAAGAAAUUAUCCCACCAAUACCAAGCCACGUGGAUGCACGAGACAGUUCAGCAACUUUGAUUGGUCGACGUAUACGUGUUCUAUGCUCAUUCCAACCUAAAGAUUAUUUCUCCGAUAAUCAAUCCUAUUCCGGUGAUGUAUCAAUCGUUAAUUCCGCCAAUACAAGUCAUUUAUCGAUUGCAAACGCAAGUAUUAGCAGUAUUAUAGAGCCAACAUUUUGGCCAGUCGGCAACAAUACAGGCUAUUUUGAUAAAGGUGAUUUUUUCAUAAUAUUGGAAAAUCCAGAAAAUCAUCGGCUUCAGGUUCGUACAGCUAAUGGAUCUACACUAACUGUUCCUUUGACAUGUUUUCUGCCUUGUUGGCCUAGUAGCGAAGCAAUGGAUCGAGCUAAACGUAUUAUUACAACUCUACAACAUUUUAAAACAUGUUGGUCUGAAUUGAAUUUACGAAUACAUGGACAUUUAUUAACUGUAACAAUGUCUAAAUUUAUUGAUGGUGCACCUCUUCAGUAUAAUAUUCCACAACAAAUGGAUAUACGAAAAGUAAUUUAUCGUGAUGCUGAACGUUAUUGUUUAGAAUUGCAACUAGCUAAUGUACCAGCGACAGAAGUGGAGAAAUUUAAGCAACGUUUUCUAGAUUUCCAGAAUAGUUGCAUUAAACAAGUGAAUGAUGUUCCAACUACUGAUGACAAGACUAGUAUUUGUAAUGAAGGUUUAUUGACCAAAUCAUCAGAAAUUUAUUCAAUUAUCGAUGAACUGAGAACAGUGUUGAGUACGUUGACAGUACGUCUAAGGGAGUCGAAUUCAAUUCCCUUACCAGGUAGAUCAAUAGAUAUGGAAGUUCGUAUUAAAGAUCACAAGGAAUGGUCUCAUGCUUUAGCUCGUGUUCGUGCUCAAUGUACUGGAUUAGAAGAACAUAUCAAUAAUCAGUUACAAUCACGAUCAUUGAAUGAACAAGAUACACUGUUGAGUACAAGUCUUUAUGCUCUACAUAGAGCAGCUAGUGAACUAGCACUAACUGGUCAUGAAUUUUCUUGUCGAUUAGCUGAUGCUGACGCAUGGAUCGCUCGUUUAGAACAAACUGAUCAAAUACUAACGGAUUGUGAAUUAUGUCUACUAGGUUGUGCAGUACGUGUACAUGGUCUAUUGCAACUUGAUGAUUUGAAUAGUUCAACUGAUCCAGAUGGUCUUCGUGUUACAGUGGUGGAAAGAGCUCAUCGAGAUUUAAAGUCGGUAGCUGAGCGUCUUCCUCAAAUUCGAUCUGACCUAGAUUUACUUAGUCAACAAUUAACUAGAUUUAUGGUUUCCAAUGAGGCAUUUAAUGAAACGCUCCAGUAUGAUACUGCUAACCUAUGUGAAAAUUCAAACCUGUUAAAGAUGCAUUUAUCACCUUGUACUGAUAAUCAUUAUUUAGAAUCAAAUCUUGCUUGUUCUGAACAUCGUCUAGCUGAAGCAACUAAAGAAGUUGAACAAGAACUCAAAUCAUUUGGCGAAUCACUGGUCUGUUUCUCAAACUAUCAAAAGUUAUCCAGUCAACUUAUUGUGUGGUCAAGUGAAUUCUCUUCUCGUAUGCGGUUAUUUGGUGAAAUGGCUCAGUCUUUAGGAUUAAAAUCAUCCGAUACAAAUAUGAUUACUGUACAAAACCCUAGUUUAUUAAAAGAAAUUCUUAAACAGUCUGAUGAUUUACUAACAGAUUUACAGGUUAAUUCAGAUGUUAUGGAACAGUUGAAUAAAGAAGUAGCUCAUUUAAUAUCUUCAUUAACUAAUUAUGCGCAACAUACUCAAAAUUAUCGUGAAUUAGUUGAGAGUGUGUUUCAGAAAGCUGGUGGUUCACGAGAUUAUCAAUGGUCACCAGGAUAUGGUUUAUUCGAUAUGGGUAGAGUAUUACAAACAACUGAUCAGCUGAAUGAACAAUUUAAUACACAUUCUCGUCGUAUAUACGAUAUAGUGAAUUGUUUAAAUCGGCUUCUGCGAUCCGAAGAACCUAUCUCUAUGAAUUUAUCUGGUCCAAUUUUUGUAAAGCCUUAUCGUGAACUCUACAUAGGCAAAUGGCCAAAUGAAUUAAACAAUUGUUUAAAGGAAACUCAAUCGUCUUUUUCUCCCUUGGUAUCACGAUCAAAGUAUCAAGAAAAUGGAAAAGACCACACAUUACCAUUAAAAGUUGCAAAUAAUUCAAAAGAUAAAAACCAUUCAGAUUUAUCGUAUUUUAAUCAACUAAUCGGGGAAAAGGGACUCAAAUAUGGUGUAUAUCUUAAUGAUGUGCGAAGUCAACCGGUGUGUUUACUCCCAACUGGUUGGGAAGCAGCUACAUUGACUACAAUAUCUAAAGCACGUGAAUUAUAUGGACCAAAAAUUUUUCCAACUACUGGUGCAUGGUUUGUGACUAAUUUAGCUGGUGAGAAUGAAACAUAUGGACUCGGUGAAACUAUUUGCGUAGGAGAUGCACUACGAUGUGGAUUAAUUGAUUUAGUUGGGCAUAACUGUCAUCAAAAUCGAAGUUCACUUGCCAUUUCCUGGUCUGAAGCUAUUGAUCGUGGCUGGUUAACUGCCUAUACUAUUCAGGCUUUAAAUAGAAAUAUUAAAAUUGGUGAUUAUAGUGCAUCUGUAACAGAUUUUCUGACUAGUACUUUGCAUAACCCUGUCGAUCAUCAUAUCGACCCAAAGACUGGUAUAGUCAUGCCAUAUGGCAAAAAAAUUAUUGAUUUAUACUCAGAUGGAUUCAUAAAUGAGGCAGAUUUUCAUCAUUUAGCUUCUAUUCUAUCUAGUGGCAUGUGUGUAGAAUUUCGAGAUUGUCAUUUGACAUGGUAUGAAGCCCUAAGCAUUGGUCAAGCAGAUAUAUCUUGGAAACCUUGUCUAUCUGAUUGGUUAGCUGCUGGUGCGUACAAUCCAAAUACACGACGUUUACGUGUCAGUUUACUAAAGUCUGGAAAAUUUAAUAGCAAAAGUAAAGCAUCGAAUAAUUCAUUAGUGUUUACUGAAAAUGAGUUAACAAUCAGAGAUGCAAUUAAAAAUGGACUUUUAGACAAUACUGUCCCAGAAGUCAUUGUACCUGUUGAAAACCAGGUGGGUGGCUACCAUGCUACCUCUUAUCGACGUGUCAGUCUGUCUGAAGCUGUCGAAAUAGGUCUUGUUGAUGAUGUAUCUGGUUAUUGGCUCGGAUCAAGUUCAUCUUCCAGUCGAACGAAGGUUGGUGUGGAAGUGGCUCAAGCUGCUGGCUUAUUAACUAAAGCUCCUUGUCUAGCUGAAAUUGUUUUAUCUGGUCUAAUAUCGUUUACUGCUCCGAACAUGAGUGAAAAACGUCCUAGAAACAAUGUGGGUAUUCUUGAUGCCCACACUGGUCAAUACGUGUUGUUUCCAGAAGCAAUUAAACGUGGAAUGAUAGUUGGAAAUCAACCAGCCAUAAUUCUUAUGCAAUCCCAUCCCAAUCAAGUAUUGACUUUAGUCGAAGCUCUGAAUACAAACCUAAUCACGCCGUCCGGAUUUAUAAUUUUGGAAAAUAAACCUAUGAAUUUGUGGGACGCAGUUAACAAUAAUUAUAUUCGACUUAUAUAUACUAAAUCGUAUCCGCCGCCUGUAGGUUUAUUACUAGGUGCUAAGGAAUCAAAUCAGACGCAUCGUCAACAUCCUAUAUUACAAGCUAUUCUUACAGGACUAAUUGAUUCAUCCAAAGAGGAGAUUAUUCUUUCUAGUACAGACCCACGUCAACACGGUACAAGCUCUUCGCAACAACGUAUCUCUUUAAGAAAAUCAGCUAAGCAUUCGGGAUUGUGUGAUUUACACUCUAUACAGUUAUUAACUCAAGGAUGUGGAUUAUUCACUGAAGAUGGUCGUGAGCUAACUGGUUUGGAAGCACUUAACUCUGGUUGGUUAAAACCAUGUGAAGAUUUCCAAUUUGGUUCAACUAUAACAUAUGGACAAAUAACAGAUCCUAUUAGUGGGUCGUCUAUAAUUUUAUCGCCAAAUAUGAAGACAAUGAAAAAUAUUGAUAUAUCACCAGUUGGGGCUCAAUUACUGUUAGGCUUAUCUAUCAAUCGUCCUUCUUUGGCUUAUUUAAUUAAUCAACGUUUUAUAACACGUUUAGCAUGGCUUGGUCCAGGUUUACAUAAUGAUAAUUUAAUAAAUAAAACACUGAAUGAUUCAUGGUUCACACAUAGCUGUCGGUCUGAUGAUAUAUUAGCUGUUAUAGAUCCAAUUAGUAGACGUAAGAUCACACAAUCAGAAGCGAUUCGCCGUCAUCUACUGGACAUGGAGACUGGUACAUUUCGAGAUCCUGUUCAUAAUCAAAUCUAUCCAUUUAGUGAAGCAAUAGAAAAAGGACAUAUUUUAGUGAAAGAAAAACCUCUUAUGGGUAACACGUCAUCCGUACCCCACUCACUUCAUUCAGAAGUAAAUGAAUCAGUCGAAAUGGUUUCUGUCAAGGAGACUCGUCUAUAUAAGAUUCUAAAUGUUCUCGAUCCUCGUACAGGCACUCGGAUUGAUCCAAACGAAGCUGCUAAGAAAGGUCUUAUCAAUUUGGAAUCUUUCACAUACCAUGGUGUACAACCAAGUAUUUCAAUUGAAUCAGCACAACAAUUAGGUUAUAUAUCAAUUUACGGUAAUAAUUAUGAAGCCUCUCAUGAUAGUCUUAUGGUAGAUUCUACAGAUAAGUUGCCAUAUACUUUAGUUCAAUUAUUUAAUAAUGGUCAACUAGUCAAACAGUCCGGAUCGAAAUGCGUUAUCAAAGUCCCAGGAUACAUAGAUCCAAUGUCUUUAAAUGCAGCUAUUGCAUUGGGUUUAGUUAAUGUUGAACAUUCAAUAGUGAAAGAAUUUAACACAGAAAAAUUGUAUUCAUUGGAUAAAGCUAUUUUAGUUGGUUUAAUAAAUGAUCAUAAAGGUCUUUUAUUGUAUAAAAACAAAUGGAUUCCAUUGACUGAUGCUAUAAAUCGAGGUUUGAUAACUGAGAAAAAAUUACCAACAGAAAUACCGACUUUUGAAGAAGCUCUUGAGAAAGGAUUAAUUGAUCCAGCCUCAAAUACUUUUCAUCAAUCAGACAACAAUAGUAAUUCUAAUCAGUCGAAUUCUAUAAAUGUUCAUGAUGCUAUUAAACAAGGAUUAUUGAAACCUCCGGCUACUGAAACUUUUGGAAAUCUCAAUAGUUUACCAAAUAAAGGAUAUACUCAUAGUAUGGAUUCCUUAUUAGCUAUUAAAAGACGAAGUGCAAAAGAUUCCAACUGUACUGCUGAAUUACGCAAUAACACAUUACCUCCUGUCAUACCAUCUGGCAAUUUAUUAAGUAAUGGAAACGAUUUUAUUGCUAACAAUGGUCGUACUGAAUCAAGAUUGAUCAAAUUCUUAGAUUGUCAUGGUGUUGGACGACUACGUGGUAAAUCAUCUCAUUGUAAUUUACGUUCAAAAUCUACAGUAAAUGAUGGAGAUGAAUAUACUAUUCGUAAAAAACCUAGAGUAAAAAGUUGUGAUAUACCUAAACUGAAAGAACGUAACUGUGUACUUUAUGCUUUCUAUUACCUACAUGAUGAUGUACGUGUUGAAGCCUCUAUCACCGAUACAAUGGUUCGUGAAGGUCGUGUUGACGUGCAUAGAAAAACUAUUUGUGAUCCAAUCAGUGGACAGUUUUAUCCUAUUCCAGAAGCAUUAACAAAAGGUUUUGUUUUCGGUAUUGUUUUUACUCAAGCUGAACAACAUUUGGAAAAUGAUCAGCGAACAUCUAAUUCUUUAUAUUGGUUGGAAGUAUUUCAUUAUCGUCAUGAUAUAUAUCGCUUAGAAAGAGUGUUUGAUCCUUAUUUGAAUAGUUUAGUUUCAGUAUCUGAUGCAAUAGGGACUGGUAUUAUUGAUCCUAUCCAUUGUUCAUAUACUCAUCCAGUAAGCGGAAAUUUAUAUUCAAUCGAAGAAGCUUUGUAUCAAGGUUGGAUACAAGCAUUGCCUGUUGGUAAUCCACCACCAUUUGAUUUAAUCGGCAGUUCAUUUGAUCACGUUCAUGUACGUACAGUUGAAGAAACUACCACUUUUACAAGAUCUGUACAUACUAUACUUCGUGGUAAACAACUUCAAAAUAAUAUAAAUAAAGAAAUCUGUUCACCUGAUCAAAAAUCUAUGCAAAUUUCACCACAGACGACAUUAAAUGUACAACGUCAAAUACAAUGUAAAACACCACCAAGUUAUCGACCUACUCAUCGGAUACCGACAGAUUCUUCUAUUAGAUAUCAACUGAAAUCAGACAAUCAGAUUACACCAUCUGAAAAUAAUUACAAUAUAAAAAGUGAGAAAUCUGAAGUUUCGACAUAUUCACAUCCUAAUGAACAACGCUAUAGUGAUCGUGAACAAGAGGUGAAUAAAACUACUAAGAAUACACAUUUUAGGAAUUCUUUAGGUUUAUCGCUGAAAUCACCAGUUCAUCCUCUUCAACCUGUCCGUCUAGUUGACAGUACUACACUACCAGCUAUUAGUUUAUCAUUAGUGAGAUAUCAGUAUCCUGAUCCUACACCUAAAAUUACUUCAAAUUCAUCGGCAAAAUAUACACCACGAUAUAUUCUUCUUGAAACUGCUAUUCAAAGAGGAUGGAUAGAUACUGAACACGGUUUACUAAGAACACAAUGUGGAAGAACUAGUACAGUUAAUUUAUUAGAAGCUGUAGAAAAAGCGUUAAUUGAUCCUAAUCAAUUGCUUGUAUGUGUUCAGCACUAUAAUGAAGAUAAUUUGAAAGAACAUCCCGUGUACGGUGAUCAAGAAAUACCUGUUUAUUAUAGUUUAGCAACUAUACUUGAUACAGCAACAUUGAUAAUGCAAACAGAAACGACAGAGUCUUUACAUGAACACUGGAGAUCAAAUCUCUUGAAACUACUAAUUAGAACAGGAAUAUGUUCAACAGGUGUUCAAGGGAGAAUGAACGUCAAAAUCGAAAAACGAUUAAGCGAAAGCGAUAAAGAGAUCAUUAGAAAAAGUGUGUUACAGAAAAAUAUAAUAUGGCGAAAUGAAAAUGAAAAAAUUGGACAGCAUGAAACAAGUAAAACGAUCAAAGUAUCAGAGAGCAAACAAACAAUGAAUAUACAAAUCGGACACAAUGAGAGGUCGAACGCUAACACAAAGAACAAAACACGUCCAAUGACAGAAAACAUUGAUACAAGUAUAAAAAAUGAUAAAAUAUUUCAAACAAAAGGAAACGACAAAUAUAAAAAGCACGAACAAGAUAUAAACCAUACAGAAAAUAUCACAAGAAAGGAAAUAAACCAUGAAGACACCUACAGUGAAUUCUUGCACAAAACAGAUGCACAAGUGAUCGGUGUGGGUUCGACGAGUGUAUCCGAUUUGUUGUCGGACAUGACGGAGAGACGAGGUGUGGACAGUGGUUUGGAUUCGGACAUGCUGUCGUCAGAUGGUGUUAGGUAUGGAGAAGUGUCUGUUGUGCCUGACCAGCGUGGACUUCAGUUACGUGAGGCGAUUGAAGCGGGUCUUGUUGACACAAAGUCUGGACUAGUUCGUGAUCCGUCUAGUGGCGAGGUGUUGACGUUGUCACAGGCUGUGAACAGUGGUCUUAUAUCGGGUGAGCGGUCGUUGGUUCGCGAUCCUAGUUCCGGACGUCUCGAGAGUCUUGGUAGAAUGAUGUUGACAGGUUUGUUGGCGCCUGUAGGUUUGAUUGCUCUGGCGAUGGAGUCGACGUCCUCGAGACCAGGAGGUGUGGUGUGUGAGUCGACGAGUGCUUCGGAGCCAGUUGUAGAUGUUGGUGUGGGCAGGUUGUCUGAGUUGAGAUCUGUCGGUGGCACGGGUGAUUCAUUGUGUGUGGAUGAGGUUGGUGCAAGUGUGGCGGACUUGAAGAGCGAUCAACUGGAGUCAGUGACUCGUCCAUCCGACUUGAUGAUGACCGAUGUGAGAGUGGGUGAACGUGGUGAGAUGAGUGUCGGUCGUGACGCGACACCAGUGCACAGAGGCGGUGAUGAAUCUGAGGGUGUUGUGUCAUCAGAGACGAUUUCUGAGUACGGUGUAUCUGGUGUGGAUGUGGAUGACGUUGAUGUGAAGAGGCGAGCGAUGCAGACGAGUGAGGAUGUUUUGUCGUCGAGCAGAGAUGGUGUUGUGAUGGGUGUGGGUUUGACGAGUGUAUCCGAUUUGUUGUCGGACAUGACAGAGAGACGAGGUGUGGACAGUGGUUUGGAUUCGGACAUGCUGUCGUCAGAUGGUGUUAGGUAUGGAGAAGUGUCUGUUGUGCCUGACCAGCGUGGACUUCAGUUACGUGAGGCGAUUGAAGCGGGUCUUGUUGACACAAAGUCUGGACUAGUUCGUGAUCCGUCUAGUGGCGAGGUGUUGACGUUGUCACAGGCUGUGAACAGUGGUCUUAUAUCGGGUGAGCGGUCGUUGGUUCGCGAUCCUAGUUCCGGACGUCUCGAGAGUCUUGGUAGAAUGAUGUUGACAGGUUUGUUGGCGCCUGUAGGUUUGAUUGCUCUGGCGAUGGAGUCGACGUCCUCGAGACCAGGAGGUGUGGUGUGUGAGUCGACGAGUGCUUCGGAGCCAGUUGUAGAUGUUGGUGUGGGCAGGUUGUCUGAGUUGAGAUCUGUCGGUGGCACGGGUGAUUCAUUGUGUGUGGAUGAGGUUGGUGCAAGUGUGGUGGACUUGAAGAGCGAUCAACUGGAGUCAGUGACUCGUCCAUCCGACUUGAUGAUGACCGAUGUGAGAGUGGGUGAACGUGGUGAGAUGAGUGUCGGUCGUGACGCGACACCAGUGCACAGAGGCGGUGAUGAAUCUGAGGGUGUUGUGUCAUCAGAGACGAUUUCUGAGUACGGUGUAUCUGGUGUGGAUGUGGAUGACGUUGAUGUGAAGAGGCGAGCGAUGCAGACGAGUGAGGAUGUUUUGUCGUCGAGCAGAGAUGGUGUUGUGAUGGGUGUGGGUUUGACGAGUGUAUCCGAUUUGUUGUCGGACAUGACAGAGAGACGAGGUGUGGACAGUGGUUUGGAUUCGGACAUGCUGUCGUCAGAUGGUGUUAGGUAUGGAGAAGUGUCUGUUGUGCCUGACCAGCGUGGACUUCAGUUACGUGAGGCGAUUGAAGCGGGUCUUGUUGACACAAAGUCUGGACUAGUUCGUGAUCCGUCUAGUGGCGAGGUGUUGACGUUGUCACAGGCUGUGAACAGUGGUCUUAUAUCGGGUGAGCGGUCGUUGGUUCGCGAUCCUAGUUCCGGACGUCUCGAGAGUCUUGGUAGAAUGAUGUUGACAGGUUUGUUGGCGCCUGUAGGUUUGAUUGCUCUGGCGAUGGAGUCGACGUCCUCGAGACCAGGAGGUGUGGUGGGUGAGUCGACGAGUGCUUCGGAGCCAGUUGUAGAUGUUGGUGUGGGCAGGUUGUCUGAGUUGAGAUCUGUCGGUGGCACGGGUGAUUCAUUGUGUGUGGAUGAGGUUGGUGCAAGUGUGGCGGACUUGAAGAGCGAUCAACUGGAGUCAGUGACUCGUCCAUCCGACUUGAUGAUGACCGAUGUGAGAGUGUGUGAACGUGGUGAGAUGAGUGUCGGUCGUGACGCGACACCAGUGCACAGAGGCGGUGAUGAAUCUGAGGGUGUUGUGUCAUCAGAGACGAUUUCUGAGUACGGUGUAUCUGGUGUGGAUGUGGAUGACGUUGAUGUGAAGAGGCGAGCGAUGCAGACGAGUGAGGAUGUUUUGUCGUCGAGCAGAGAUGGUGUUGUGAUGGGUGUGGGUUUGACGAGUGUAUCCGAUUUGUUGUCGGACAUGACAGAGAGACGAGGUGUGGACAGUGGUUUGGAUUCGGACAUGCUGUCGUCAGAUGGUGUUAGGUAUGGAGAAGUGUCUGUUGUGCCUGACCAGCGUGGACUUCAGUUACGUGAGGCGAUUGAAGCGGGUCUUGUUGACACAAAGUCUGGACUAGUUCGUGAUCCGUCUAGUGGCGAGGUGUUGACGUUGUCACAGGCUGUGAACAGUGGUCUUAUAUCGGGUGAGCGGUCGUUGGUUCGCGAUCCUAGUUCCGGACGUCUCGAGAGUCUUGGUAGAAUGAUGUUGACAGGUUUGUUGGCGCCUGUAGGUUUGAUUGCUCUGGCGAUGGAGUCGACGUCCUCGAGACCAGGAGGUGUGGUGUGUGAGUCGACGAGUGCUUCGGAGCCAGUUGUAGAUGUUGGUGUGGGCAGGUUGUCUGAGUUGAGAUCUGUCGGUGGCACGGGUGAUUCAUUGUGUGUGGAUGAGGUUGGUGCAAGUGUGGCGGACUUGAAGAGCGAUCAACUGGAGUCAGUGACUCGUCCAUCCGACUUGAUGAUGACCGAUGUGAGAGUGGGUGAACGUGGUGAGAUGAGUGUCGGUCGUGACGCGACACCAGUGCACAGAGGCGGUGAUGAAUCUGAGGGUGUUGUGUCAUCAGAGACGAUUUCUGAGUACGGUGUAUCUGGUGUGGAUGUGGAUGACGUUGAUGUGAAGAGGCGAGCGAUGCAGACGAGUGAGGAUGUUUUGUCGUCGAGCAGAGAUGGUGUUGUGAUGGGUGUGGGUUUGACGAGUGUAUCCGAUUUGUUGUCGGACAUGACAGAGAGACGAGGUGUGGACAGUGGUUUGGAUUCGGACAUGCUGUCGUCAGAUGGUGUUAGGUAUGGAGAAGUGUCUGUUGUGCCUGACCAGCGUGGACUUCAGUUACGUGAGGCGAUUGAAGCGGGUCUUGUUGACACAAAGUCUGGACUAGUUCGUGAUCCGUCUAGUGGCGAGGUGUUGACGUUGUCACAGGCUGUGAACAGUGGUCUUAUAUCGGGUGAGCGGUCGUUGGUUCGCGAUCCUAGUUCCGGACGUCUCGAGAGUCUUGGUAGAAUGAUGUUGACAGGUUUGUUGGCGCCUGUAGGUUUGAUUGCUCUGGCGAUGGAGUCGACGUCCUCGAGACCAGGAGGUGUGGUGUGUGAGUCGACGAGUGCUUCGGAGCCAGUUGUAGAUGUUGGUGUGGGCAGGUUGUCUGAGUUGAGAUCUGUCGGUGGCACGGGUGAUUCAUUGUGUGUGGAUGAGGUUGGUGCAAGUGUGGCGGACUUGAAGAGCGAUCAACUGGAGUCAGUGACUCGUCCAUCCGACUUGAUGAUGACCGAUGUGAGAGUGGGUGAACGUGGUGAGAUGAGUGUCGGUCGUGACGCGACACCAGUGCACAGAGGCGGUGAUGAAUCUGAGGGUGUUGUGUCAUCAGAGACGAUUUCUGAGUACGGUGUAUCUGGUGUGGAUGUGGAUGACGUUGAUGUGAAGAGGCGAGCGAUGCAGACGAGUGAGGAUGUUUUGUCGUCGAGCAGAGAUGGUGUUGUGAUGGGUGUGGGUUUGACGAGUGUAUCCGAUUUGUUGUCGGACAUGACAGAGAGACGAGGUGUGGACAGUGGUUUGGAUUCGGACAUGCUGUCGUCAGAUGGUGUUAGGUAUGGAGAAGUGUCUGUUGUGCCUGACCAGCGUGGACUUCAGUUACGUGAGGCGAUUGAAGCGGGUCUUGUUGACACAAAGUCUGGACUAGUUCGUGAUCCGUCUAGUGGCGAGGUGUUGACGUUGUCACAGGCUGUGAACAGUGGUCUUAUAUCGGGUGAGCGGUCGUUGGUUCGCGAUCCUAGUUCCGGACGUCUCGAGAGUCUUGGUAGAAUGAUGUUGACAGGUUUGUUGGCGCCUGUAGGUUUGAUUGCUCUGGCGAUGGAGUCGACGUCCUCGAGACCAGGAGGUGUGGUGUGUGAGUCGACGAGUGCUUCGGAGCCAGUUGUAGAUGUUGGUGUGGGCAGGUUGUAUGAGUUGAGAUCUGUCGGUGGCACGGGUGAUUCAUUGUGUGUGGAUGAGGUUGGUGCAAGUGUGGUGGACUUGAAGAGCGAUCAACUGGAGUCAGUGACUCGUCCAUCCGACUUGAUGAUGACCGAUGUGAGAGUGGGUGAACGUGGUGAGAUGAGUGUCGGUCGUGACGCGACACCAGUGCACAGAGGCGGUGAUGAAUCUGAGGGUGUUGUGUCAUCAGAGACGAUUUCUGAGUACGGUGUAUCUGGUGUGGAUGUGGAUGACGUUGAUGUGAAGAGGCGAGCGAUGCAGACGAGUGAGGAUGUUUUGUCGUCGAGCAGAGAUGGUGUUGUGAUGGGUGUGGGUUUGACGAGUGUAUCCGAUUUGUUGUCGGACAUGACAGAGAGACGAGGUGUGGACAGUGGUUUGGAUUCGGACAUGCUGUCGUCAGAUGGUGUUAGGUAUGGAGAAGUGUCUGUUGUGCCUGACCAGCGUGGACUUCAGUUACGUGAGGCGAUUGAAGCGGGUCUUGUUGACACAAAGUCUGGACUAGUUCGUGAUCCGUCUAGUGGCGAGGUGUUGACGUUGUCACAGGCUGUGAACAGUGGUCUUAUAUCGGGUGAGCGGUCGUUGGUUCGCGAUCCUAGUUCCGGACGUCUCGAGAGUCUUGGUAGAAUGAUGUUGACAGGUUUGUUGGCGCCUGUAGGUUUGAUUGCUCUGGCGAUGGAGUCGACGUCCUCGAGACCAGGAGGUGUGGUGUGUGAGUCGACGAGUGCUUCGGAGCCAGUUGUAGAUGUUGGUGUGGGCAGGUUGUCUGAGUUGAGAUCUGUCGGUGGCACGGGUGAUUCAUUGUGUGUGGAUGAGGUUGGUGCAAGUGUGGCGGACUUGAAGAGCGAUCAACUGGAGUCAGUGACUCGUCCAUCCGACUUGAUGAUGACCGAUGUGAGAGUGGGUGAACGUGGUGAGAUGAGUGUCGGUCGUGACGCGACACCAGUGCACAGAGGCGGUGAUGAAUCUGAGGGUGUUGUGUCAUCAGAGACGAUUUCUGAGUACGGUGUAUCUGGUGGGGAUGUGGAUGACGUUGAUGUGAAGAGGCGAGCGAUGCAGACGAGUGAGGAUGUUUUGUCGUCGAGCAGAGAUGGUGUUGUGAUGGGUGUGGGUUUGACGAGUGUAUCCGAUUUGUUGUCGGACAUGACAGAGAGACGAGGUGUGGACAGUGGUUUGGAUUCGGACAUGCUGUCGUCAGAUGGUGUUAGGUAUGGAGAAGUGUCUGUUGUGCCUGACCAGCGUGGACUUCAGUUACGUGAGGCGAUUGAAGCGGGUCUUGUUGACACAAAGUCUGGACUAGUUCGUGAUCCGUCUAGUGGCGAGGUGUUGACGUUGUCACAGGCUGUGAACAGUGGUCUUAUAUCGGGUGAGCGGUCGUUGGUUCGCGAUCCUAGUUCCGGACGUCUCGAGAGUCUUGGUAGAAUGAUGUUGACAGGUUUGUUGGCGCCUGUAGGUUUGAUUGCUCUGGCGAUGGAGUCGACGUCCUCGAGACCAGGAGGUGUGGUGUGUGAGUCGACGAGUGCUUCGGAGCCAGUUGUAGAUGUUGGUGUGGGCAGGUUGUCUGAGUUGAGAUCUGUCGGUGGCACGGGUGAUUCAUUGUGUGUGGAUGAGGUUGGUGCAAGUGUGGUGGACUUGAAGAGCGAUCAACUGGAGUCAGUGACUCGUCCAUCCGACUUGAUGAUGACCGAUGUGAGAGUGGGUGAACGUGGUGAGAUGAGUGUCGGUCGUGACGCGACACCAGUGCACAGAGGCGGUGAUGAAUCUGAGGGUGUUGUGUCAUCAGAGACGAUUUCUGAGUACGGUGUAUCUGGUGUGGAUGUGGAUGACGUUGAUGUGAAGAGGCGAGCGAUGCAGACGAGUGAGGAUGUUUUGUCGUCGAGCAGAGAUGGUGUUGUGAUGGGUGUGGGUUUGACGAGUGUAUCCGAUUUGUUGUCGGACAUGACAGAGAGACGAGGUGUGGACAGUGGUUUGGAUUCGGACAUGCUGUCGUCAGAUGGUGUUAGGUAUGGAGAAGUGUCUGUUGUGCCUGACCAGCGUGGACUUCAGUUACGUGAGGCGAUUGAAGCGGGUCUUGUUGACACAAAGUCUGGACUAGUUCGUGAUCCGUCUAGUGGCGAGGUGUUGACGUUGUCACAGGCUGUGAACAGUGGUCUUAUAUCGGGUGAGCGGUCGUUGGUUCGCGAUCCUAGUUCCGGACGUCUCGAGAGUCUUGGUAGAAUGAUGUUGACAGGUUUGUUGGCGCCUGUAGGUUUGAUUGCUCUGGCGAUGGAGUCGACGUCCUCGAGACCAGGAGGUGUGGUGUGUGAGUCGACGAGUGCUUCGGAGCCAGUUGUAGAUGUUGGUGUGGGCAGGUUGUCUGAGUUGAGAUCUGUCGGUGGCACGGGUGAUUCAUUGUGUGUGGAUGAGGUUGGUGCAAGUGUGGCGGACUUGAAGAGCGAUCAACUGGAGUCCGUUACUCUCCCGUCUGACAAUUUUCUUACAGUUGGGAGAAUAAAUGAUACUGAUACAGCUUUCUUUGGUUAUCCUCUGUCGUGGAAAUGCGGUUCCACUUCUGCUUCUUUGGCUUCUGUUCGUGAUACUAAUGAGGUUUUUGAUUGUUCUGCAGAAUCAGAAACUACAAGAAAGCUUAUAUCUCAACUUUCCACUGCUUUGGAUGAAGAAACAUCAUGGAUAACUGGUUUAGAAUUAAAACUUCUACAAAUGGGGAAUUUGACUUUAGACGAUAAUUUAAACCGACACCUUCUGGAUGAUCACCAAGAAAUUUUAGAUAAAAUUCGUACUCGUCAAUCUUCAAGUAGAUCUGUAUUAUUUCAAGCUGAACAAGCUAUUGAAACUUUACGUCAUACUAAUCAACCAGAAUUUAUCUGGAAACAGUUAGAAGUAAAAUGUCAAGAACUGCGAACACGUUUAGAAGAUCUACAAACUGAAGCUGAGGGCCGAGUUCGAAUUUUACUUCAUAGUUUAGAUUCAUUAGAACAUCUUACUUAUAAAUUACAAAGUCUUCGUAAUCUAUUAGAAAACCUAGAUUCUGUUUUACUUGUUAACACACCAUCCGUAAAUACUACUACUACUACUACAACUACAACUGGAGAAAAUCAGCUGUCGAAUAAACUAAAUACAAUUAAUCAUCCAGAUGAAAUAGAUUCAUGUAUUUUACGAAUAAAAGCAGCUUUAAGUGAAUCAAAUUCAUCGCAUAAUAACGUUAUUAGUACAUUGCCAAGUGUAAAACAAAAAUUCAUUGCAUCUGUUAAUCGUUACGCUGAUAGUAAGAAAACAUACAAUAUCAAAUUGAAUCAUUUCACUGGCUUAAAUUGUAAACAAUAUGAAGAUAAACUUCAAAGAAAUAAUACAGAAUUAGAAGAUAGAAUAGAAUAUACAGUAAAAGAAGCAAAUAAUCGUCUUUUACAUUUAAUUAAUCGUUUAGAAAUUCAAUCAACAUAUCUUACAGAAAUUAAUAUUCUAUAUAAACAAUAUGAAAAACAUUUAUCUGAAUCAAUUCAUCAAUUAGAUAAAACUAAAUUACAAUUGAAUAUAAUACAAAAAAGUCUUCUUCGAUCUGAUGAAUUAAAUACUUUAACAAUGAAUAAAAUUAAAAAAUUUAGUCAAGAACGAUUAACUAAAUUAUAUACAUUACAAGGUGAUCUUAAUAAAAUUGGAAAUGAUCUAAAAAAUUUAAAAUCUAUUGAAUUAAAUUUAAUUGAAAAGAAAUUUAUUGAAUCUAAUCUAAUUACAAAUAAUUCAAUGAAUGUAAUGAAUCAAUCAUUAGAUAAUAUUUUCAAUUAUCAAAAACAAUUAAUUGAUCAAUGUGAAAAAUUACAAAAACAAUUUAUGAAUUAUUUAUUAACUAAUCAAACUAUACAAGAAUGUUUAAAUGAAUUUUUAAAUCAAACCAAUCAAAUUGGUGAUCAAUUAUCUAAUGAUUAUAAAAUUGAUAAUAAUAAUAAUAUAGAAAAACAAUCAAUUGAAUUUUCUUUAAAUAUAAAUAAAUUUUAUGAAAUUUUAGCACAAAUUAAUUCUAUACAAUUAAUUUCAUUAAAAUUAAGAAAUCGUUUAAAUCAAACAAUAGAACAAGUUAAACUAAAUGAACCUAAUAAAUUACGAUUAAUACAAUCAGAAUUAAAACAAAUUGAUAUUUUAGAUAAUCGACUUGAAACUUUGAAGGAUGAUGUUCUUUCACGAAUUUCACAAUUGGAUACAUCGCAAAAUCAGUUGACACAGUAUCAUAAUGAUAUUAAUGAAUUUAAUAUAUGGCUUGAUGAAGUUGGAAAUCAGUUAAAUUGUCAAACAACUGCUCAUCUACCAGAAAACUAUUUAAAGCACAAACUUCAGUCAAUUAAAAUGUUUAUACCAAAUCGUCAACUACAGUUAGAUAAUAUACAACAAUCUAUUAAUGCUUUAUUAACUAAACUUCCUGAAAGUGAUGAUAAUGGUAAAUUGAUGAAAGAAAAUAUGAAUAAAUUGAAUAAUCGUUGGUCGCAAUUACUUCAUUUAAUAAAUACACGUGAAGAUGAUUUAAAAGCAAGAGAGUCAUUUAAUAAUUCCUAUGCACAAGCACGUAAUCAAGUACAAGAAAUGUUGUUAACUGCUGAUGGACGUUUAACUACUUUAUCAUCACCUAUCACUUUAAAUUUGAGUUCGAUAAAACAACAAAUGGACAAAUUAAAUGAAUUAUAUUCACUCCGAGAGACAAUCAAACAACAUUUAGAUGAAGUCGACCAAUUAGGUUCUGCUUAUGAUACUUUAUUACAUACACCAAGUGGAAUUGAUAGGAAUUUCGGACGUGGAACAGCUUCAUCAAAUGAUGCUCAUAUUUCUGCUUCUUCAGCAGUACCACGUGUAUCCACUUCUGCUGCCUAUAAACAAUCAAAAGACAAUAAAUUCAUGAAUGUAUUAAGUCCAAUGGCUAGCAGUGGAUCAAGUGGCAUCUCCAGUGCCGAUCCCAUGUGUAAUCUACAUGAAAUUAAUGAAGUCAAUCGUGAAUUAGAUGAACUACACGAACGUUAUGAUCAAUUGGGUAAUUGUUUAAAUGAACGCCGAAAUGAAUUUAAAUCUUUGUUAAUAAAUUUAAAUAAUUUUGAAGAGAAACGUUUAGAAUUAAUAAAUUGGCUUGGUGAUUAUGUAAAAACAGUGAAUAAUGUUAAUAGAAAUAUUUCUACUGUACAAUCUGUAAAUCAAGCUGUUAAUGAAUUAAAAAAAUAUCGUGCUCAGUUCAAUGAACAAAUACCAAAACUUGAAAUUGUUCGUCAAAGUUUUACACAAGUUUUACACAAUCGUGAUCAUAUGCCAGGUGCUGUAGAAUUAAGAAAUUCAAUGCAUUCUCUUGAACAACAAUGGAAUGAAGCGGUUGUAUUAAAUGAUAAAUCACAGCAAGAUUUAAACAAGUUACAACGUGAUUUAAACGAAUUCCAUAAACUUGAUAUUGAUCUCACACGAAAACUACAACAAAAAGCGAAUCGAAUACAUAGUGUACAUGAAAAAUGCCUUGCGGAUAAUACCAUGGGAAGUGAAAGUCAUCUGAAUCAAGUCAGUUGUAUUACUUGUGUAUAUUUAUUAUAAAUAAUAUCAAGCGAUUAAUCCGAAGCUGAAUGCCCUAUAUCUACUACAUGUUUCAGAAUAAAUGACCUG